AUGGUGCCCCGGGCUCUGCUCCUCGCUCUCCUGCUGCCGAUCUGCUCCGCCAUCACCUGGGUAAAGAGCGCCGCUGGUGCAAGCUGCGAUCAGGCCUGUGCUGCCCGCGAUGGAUGCAACGAUGAGGCGUGGCCGACUUCUGAGGAGGAGUUCUACGAUGCUGCCAAGCUUGCAGGUCAAGUCUGCGAGGGCACGCAGACUGGAGGAGCAAAGUACGACCCCAGCACUGAUGGCCGCUACUGCGGGUGGUCAGGGCCCGACAGCAUGAACGGGGAGAGCCGAUGUUCCCAAUCGGGCGACUCCGGCACAUACCGCUUCUGCCCCUGCAAUGCGGACAAGGAGCUGUAG